UUUUUUAAACUUUUUUUUACGGCGUCGCCAUGACUGGCUCCCGUUCGUUUUCGCUAAUGAAGUUCGGGCUGAGCCCGCUCUCCGCCUCAGCCUCCCUGGCUGUGCUGGUUACGCUGGGAAUGGCCGCGGCUUGGUACUGGCGAAGGAGGGACCGUCGAAGGCCGCUGCGGUUGAAGCAGGUGGGCACGGUCUCCGGGCUUUUCAUCUACCCGAUCAAGUCUUGCAGGGGCGUAGCCGUGCAGCAGGCCGAAGUAACGAAGUUGGGGCUCCGGGACGGAGAUCUGCGCGACAGAUGUUGGCUUGUGAUAAAGGAAGAUGGACACAUGGUGACUGCUCGACAAGAGCCUCGACUAGUAUUGGUCUCUAUCACCAAUCAAAAUGGCUAUUUGACCCUGAGUGCUCCAGAAAUGAAGGACUGUCGUAUUCCAGUCAAAUUGUCAACAAAAAAUCCAAUACGGGAUUGCAGGCUAUUUGGCUUUGAUGUUCAAGGCAGAGAUUGUGGUGAAGAUGCCGCUCAAUGGAUUACAGCCUACCUAAAGUCAGAACCAUACCGCUUGGUUUGCUUUGAACCAAAUAUGGUUCCAAGGAAUUCAAAAGAUUUAAUGGAACCUUUUCGUCCCACUGAUAAGAUUGCCUAUUCUGACUGUAGUCCUAUCAUGCUCCUCUCUGAAGCUUCUUUGGAAGAGCUUAAUUCCAGACUGGAGAAGAAAGUUCAAAUACGUAACUUCAGGCCAAGCAUUUUGGUCACUGGUUGUGGUCCUAAUGAGGAGGACACCUGGAAUGAUAUUGUUAUUGGAAGUGCACAAAUGAGAGGGGCAGUGGCCUGUCCCAGGUGUAUUGUUACAACAGUUGAUCCAGAUACCGGCAUCAUAGACAGAAAAGAACCUCUUAAUACUUUGAAAAGUUACCGCUUGUGUGAGCCUUCUGAAAAGCAUAUAUACAAAUCAAGCCCUUUGUUUGGAUGGUACUUUGGAGUUGAUAAAACAGGAACACUUAAGGUUGGAGAUCAUGUCUACAAGAUAAUGUGGUGAUAGAAAUUUCCAAAUGGAAAUGCAUUCUUGACAUCUUUUCAAUACAUUUUUUGAAGCUGUUAUCUUUCUAAUGAAAAUUUUCUAUCUUUCAUCUAGUAAUACUUUCUGUAACAUUUUAAAUGCAGUUGUAUUGGUGAUAAAUAAAUGAUUUACUGCUUUCUAGAAUUGAGUCAAAAACAUACGUUAUAGUUCAACUCUUUAUAGUAAUUAAUACAUAAUGAUUAUGGAAAGCUUAUGAGAGAUAAAACAAAGUAUGAGCCAUCAACGUGAUGUGCUGCAAAGAAGAGAAAUGCAAUUUUAGACUACAUCAAGCUAACAUAUAAUUUCCAAAUCAUGGGAUAUAUAAUCAGUCCACUCUUUUUUUUUCUGGCUCAGUGCUGUAAGUGAGCAGCACACUUGAAAGUUUCAGAGAAGUUUAAACAGGUUCAGAGAAGUUUAGUAAAGGUGAUCAUAGGAUGAGAAUCUAAGAUUUUUGAAGACAGAUUGAAGAAGGUGGGUGUGAUUUCCUUAAGAAAAGUGGGGAGGGGGAUAUAAUAACCCUAUUCGUAUACCUGAAAGGAUGCCAUGUGGAACGAAGAUCAAGACUGUUCUCUCUCUUAUUAGUGGAUUUAAUUAAAUAGUAACUGAUUUAAGAUAUAGAGGGGCAGGUUUCCAUUAAGUGUUGUAAACACAUUCCUAGGUGGCUCUACUGUUAUUGUUAUCUGCUGCCUUCUCUUAACCUUUAAUCGUGGUUUUUAGAAUUUUCUCAGUAAUUAUUUUUAAUAUAUUACUGUUUUAUAGUUUCAUUGUUAAUUUUUUUUGUGUGUGAGAUGGGUAGCUAUAUAAAUCGAUGAAGGAAGGAAGGAAGG